AGAUGAAAUUAUCUAGAAUCCUAAUCCUCCUCAUCCUCCUGAUAUUCCUGCUUCACCAGUGCCAAGCUAAGCCUAAACUUAUCAAAAAUAUUGAAGAGAAAGUACUCCAGCCAGCCAGAAAUUUCUUCGCAAGUUUCUUUAAAACAGCAGGUACGGUAGCGAAAGCGAUCUGAGGCAAGGCAUGCAGCGAAGGAAAGAGAGGACAUAUAGUCCACGAUUAUAGAAAGUUUAUAGAACAACACAUGCACGAUUGAGACAAAGAGUCAUGACCUGAAGAUAUCUUAAACAUUAAUGAAAAUUAUGUCUUACAGAGGCCAGGAUAUCCGACUACACCUAUUUGUGAAGAGGAAUCGAUUCCUUGCGAAGCACUUAAGAGUGCCAUAGAGGUUAUAAACAAAGAUUAUGUAAAGAAACCUCAUCAUGAAAUGAAAUUCCUAGAUAUGUCUCGUGAUCCGAAUCGUCAAACUCAUUUGGACAAUAGUACACUUGAAGGAAUCGUCUGAGUAUCUGGAUUAUUUAGUCAAAAAGAUAAUUUUAAAAAGCAAUGGGGUGGCGUUAUAUCAACAGCCGAACCUCACAAGCCAGUUUUUGCAUUCAAGUGGCCAUCCGAUAACAAAUUUAGUGCAAUCUUGAACGUGUGGAGAGAGCUCAGACCUCACAAAAGAAUCUUGAAGCUUGCUAGUGAGUCUGGUAAGCUAUUGGCCAAUGCUUUGGUGCUAGAGUACCCAGAAUAUCUGCCUAGUGUAACUAUAGUAGCCUUUUCUCUUGGUACCGAAGUAGCUCUCUCCUGUCUUGAAGAGCUCCACAGGCUCGGAGCUACUAAUAUUAUUAACAAUGUCUACCUCCUAGGAGGGGCUACUGCAAUCCCGGAGAAUAGACAUGAUAUCUUUGAUGUGAUCAAUGGAAGACUGAUACACGUAUAUACUCUUUCAGACUGGAUCCUGAUUUUUAGCAAGUUCUUUUUCGGAAGAGACCAAUUCGGCUUAAAAUGGCUUGAUGAAGAUUUAGUAAAGAAGAUCGAGAGCGACGGAGUAGAAGUGGAGCAAAUCGAAAUCUCUGAAGUAGCAAAUGGACAUAGAAGGUUCCGUCCCAAUUUGUUAAAGUUAAUGGAAUAUAUAGAUUUUCAUUAA